AUGGAUGGCGACAAAACCCGAGGUCAAGGGUAUACUGAUGAUGUCCGAGGUCAAGGGCUUAAUAGGCACGAUGUCGGAGGUCAAGGACUAGUUGACGGAACCCGAGGUCAAGGAUAUACUGAUGAUGUCCGCGGUCAAGGAAUUAAUAGUCACGAUGUCCGUGGUCAAGGACUAGUGACUGAUGGAACCCUAGGUCAAGGGUAUAUUAAUGAUGUCCGAGGUCAAGGACUUAGUAGGGGCGCAGGCAGCACAGUUUACUGA